AUGCCUCCGAAGCGCAUGAAGGGCGAGGCGAGCGGAAGUGCGGGUGUGGCGGGCCGGAAGCAGUGGGAAGCGGCUCUGAGCUCUGCAGUGCUGCAGGAGGAGUCUUGGUGUGUGUGUGUGUGUGUGGUGGUGUGUGACAGUGUGUAUGAUGAGGGGUGUCUCAGAGCUCUGUGUCACGCUGUCCAGCAGCCCCUCCGUCAAUCCUUCACCCUCCUGUCCUGGGAGAACCUGCUGGAGAAGGUUAAUGAUCUCGGGAACCCAAAGGCAAGGAAAAGCAAAGAGCUUCCUGCAUUUUAUGAGGUUACAGAGGUGGCAAAGUCAGUGCUGGACUCCGGAGACGAGCUUUCUGUUGACUUGUUGGCAAAAUUAGUGAAGUUUCAAUUGCUGGAUAUCAAGAACACUGACAUAGAGAGAAGAGCUGCAGCACAAAGAGCAGCAGGUACAGUAUCUCCUGUUCGAGAGAAAAGCACUAAACCCUCAACUAAAGGAGAAAAAGGUAAAAAAGCAGCACAGGCUCCGUCUCCUCCGAAAAACACCAAACUGAAACGCAGAGGAGAGGAGAACACCAACUGCUAUAUCGACGAUGAACCAGAUGAUGGCCCACAGCACUACAUCCUCAUGACGGGGUUCCAUCAGCCGAGUCUGAUCUCUGCAUUAGACUCAGUCAGUGUUCACGUCUCCAACGUCAUCAGACUGAAAUCAGACAGAAGUCAGAACUCACACAAGGCUCAGGAGGAGGAAGGAACCGACAUGUCCAUGGAACACGAAUUCCCAGCGGGUGUGUCGGAUCUUGAGCAGGAUCUCAGCACGUUCUGGGAUCAGCUGGAUGGAGUUCUUAACAGCGCUGGCUUCCAGUCCAGACUUUCAGACAUCGCUGUACUGGACUACAAAGUGGACCAGAACCUGCUGAGCAAAAAUUUAACCAAAAAUGAAGAAAUGCAGGAAGUGGGUGUGGUUGUGUUUGAGGGCGUGGCCUGUUUAUUGUAUGACAGUUUGGAUUGGAGGAGGCAGCAUGAGCACUACCUGAGCAGGACGAGACUCAUCCACAUCCCAAACAUCCACACACCUGCUGAGGCUCUGACAGCGAGGAUGAAGGCAGAUGAAGGUUCAGACUCAGAGUGUGUGUAUGUGGAUAUGAGGCUGUACUCUGAUCUCCUGGACAGAAUUCCCCUGCAGUGUGUCUCUGUUCCUCUCGUGCUGCACUGCCUGAUAGAGCAGGUGGUUUCAUCAGAAGAGGAAGUGUGCAGUGGUUCAGCAGAGUCAGGCUCGAGUCCAGACCCGGAGCGUGAUCUAAUCUCCUACAUGACGCGGGGUGUGAGCGGCCUGCCACGGGGCGAGCAGCACAGCAGCGAGCUGAAGGAAUAUUUUGGGAUUAAGGAGGAAAAUCAAAGUGAAAGUAAAGACAGAAGCCCCGCCCUGCUGCAUCAUCUUGAUGAGAGAUCAAAGAGACUCCAUCACAUACCUGUGUUAGACAGUUUGGAUGCACUGAAUGUUGAGGUGUGUAUGAUGAAGAAGAGUCCUGUGUGGAAGACUCUGAUGUCUAAACACUUCAACACCAACAGCCUCAAUACAGCCAGGAGACAUGAACUACUGCACUACUGUUCCUCUGACUCUCUGAGCUCUGCUGAUGUUCAGAGGCUCCUCCAUGUGUGUGUGUUUGAGAGCAUGUCCCUGACAACAGUCGAUGAGAACGGAGGUCACACACUCGCUGCAUCACACACUGCGUUACCAUGGGACGACCCCGUGACCUUCACACACACCGUCUACAGCAGCCUCAACAUCACACAUGAAAGUGGAGUUGGGUGUAACAAGCACCAGGAGAAUGAAUUCAGUGUAGAUGAUUUACAGAAGACUCUGAUUCGACACUUCAGACACUGGAACUUCACUGAACACCACAGCGCUGAAGUCUUUCCUCAGGUUUUACACACCGUGUCCGAGUCAUACAGAUGUAUGGACUCGUUUCACAGCAGUCAGUCCAGUGUUCUGUACGUCGUCUGCCACAAUCCCAUGAGUCCUGAGAGGAGCAGCAGAGCAUCAUGGGAAGUGUCUCUUCACACCGACGUCAGAUUCAGGAGUUACCUGGAGAACGUAGCAGAGUCCAUCAGAGACUGGAGCAGAGCGGAGGAGGAGCGACGACGACGACGACAACAACAACAACAACAGGAGGAGAUAAAGACCCUGGAUACAACAGCGAAAGGAGCGUCUGCAGUGCCAGAGGUGUUUAUACGACCCGACUCUCUGAAAGCGUGGAAGCUGGAGCAGGACAUACAGAAGGAUGAGGAGAUGGUGAAGAUGAAGAAGGAGAAAGGAGGGAAGGGUUCAGGUAAAGGAGGAGAGAGAACCGAGUCGACCCGCGGGAGCAAGAAGAGCCGAGAGCGCGAGUGUGACACACCACAGCCUUCCACAGAGCACAGGAUCGACACCACCGACACCAACAUCACCACUGACAAGAGUGACAAGAGCGACGCUCACACACACACUGAGGAGCAACCUGCAUUUACAGGUUACAGGAUGGACAGCAGGUUGGUGCAGGUGAGAGGAGAGAGUCAGUGUGUUUAUCCAUCAGACGGAGGACAGAUCAGUGUGGAGAGAGUUCACUACGUACAAGGAUCAACACAACUGAAAGUAUGUGUGAAAAAAGACGGCCACUGUUUCUACACACACAUCACAGAACCAGAGGGAAAGAACACACAUGAUCAGCAGCAGAAACGUGGCAGUUUUUACGCUGUACUGAGUAACGGACUCACACUCGCCUACAGUCACACACACCAUCAGGAAGGUGAUGAGGCGUCUCCUCCUCAGCUCCACGUUUCUCUUCCCACUGGCCUUCAGAUCCGCUUCAGCUUCCAACACACAGCAGAUGGUCAGGUUGUGUUGGUCCAUCAGUCACUCUGUUCCUCAGGAUCCGAACUCCACGCCACACACACCGAGUCGUCACGCACCAUCACCUGCGACGGAACGGUGAUCAAACACAUGAGGGACGGAUCGACUGCGGUUCUCUUUGCUGAUGGUACAGUGAGUACUGACUCUGGGCUGGAGUGUGUGACCGUCCCCACGGGUGCAGGACAGGAUGACGACACGUCCACACGCACACAGAGUAGAGACACAAAAGGUGCUGGAGCAGAGGGGGCGGAGCCAACAUCAGAGGUGGAGAUGACAGGCGGUUCGUGGUGCACCACCACUCCAUCAGGAGUCAGGAUCAGGACCAUCAGAGGGAUCCAGGUGGAGGAGAAGCCUGUCCUGAGCUUCUACAGAACUGAUCCACAAACACACAGUGUGGUGAUGACGAGGGACGAUGGUGUGCUGUGUGUGUUGGAGAAACACAGAGCUGUAGUGGAUCACGCUGAUGGAACCAGGAUCACCUCCUCCUUCCAGCAGGGGGAGACACAGAGCCAGCAGAGCUCAGGCGGCAGUAUUGAUGGACGGAGUGUGAGCAUGGUGAAGGUGGAGAAGAUUGGAUUCAUGACAGUGGUGAUGAAGCUUGAGGAGAAAAGCAGUGAGGUUCUCUUCAGAGACGGAACCACCAUCAGUACGACCGCACACGGCUCAUACAGGGUGUGUCUGUCUGAUGGAGGCUGUCUGUCUCUCCGUGAGGACGGUGUGGUCGUGUACAGCAGAACAGGACCUGAAGGAGACCAGCAUGGACGUUACAUCAUGAGUCAUUCUGAGGGUUUAGUGUGUGAGCUCACGGACUCAGAGGGAAACCACUACCAGGUCACAGCAGAGGGCGGAGUCUCCAUCUCACACACACACACAGAGAGCGAGACGCGACACAACACCGGCCUCGAUACACACACACCUCGGUUGUUUCUGGUGUGUGCUGACGGUUCUGCUCUGGAGUUCCUCUCGUCUCAGACUGUAGAUGAGGUUCUGCGGAAGGAGAACAUGGAUCCCUCAGUGGCUGUGAUCAGAGAACCCGUCCCACACACACACGAGGCAUUUGCGAUCACGAUCCUGAAACCGUUCUCUGACCCGAGCUCCUACUGGCUCUCACCCAAACACCUGGAUGACAUCAUUCCUCCCAACUUCAACUCCAGGAAGUGGGACACGUUCCCUGCCUCAGAGGUGAAAAUCCCCGGUUCUCCAUCCAGAGGGUCUCUGGGUCGAGGUUUAGAGCUGAAGCAGAGACCCACGCUGGGUUCUGAUCCGGUUCCUCCAGUUCUGCAGAACCCUGACACACUGCUGAUCCGCCGCAUCACUGAACACACACCAUUCACACAGCAGCACUAUGAACAGCUGCAGCACAACCUGCUGCUGUACAUAAACCAGCUCUUGCAGAGAGAGAGGCUGAAAGAUGACAUGAAGCUGAAGGAUCCUCAGACAGCUGAGGAGAAACUUCAUCACUCUAAUCUCCUGCAGUCUCACUCGGACUCGACCCCAGAUCCAACACCGCAGUCCAUGCACUCGUUGUACUCUCAGGCUGUAGCAUUGCCUCAGUCUCCAUUGUCUAAUGAAGAAAGUGAUCAACAAGAGACACACUGUAAACAGAAGCAGAAGUCAUCAUGGGGGAACAGAAUACACCAACACAGGUUGGCUCUGCAGGAGGAGGCGAGACAUCGCUACUCUCUGAGGAACCACAUCAUCACGCCGUAUUUCCAUCCUGAGCUUCAGGAGAUGACUCGCUGCCUCCAGCAGGAGCUGAAGCUGACGUCUGGUUCUCGGAGUCUUCCCUCAUCCCCGGAGUGAGGAGAUGCUGCAUUACAGAACUUCACCAGCUCGGUUUAGUGCUCACGCUCUGCGAGAUUAUACGGAUUUAAGGCCCGGUCUCACAACACCGAUAACUAUAAAUAACUGGGUCUCCUGCAGUUUAUGUGGUCGGUGCUCACACCAGACCGAUAACGAUCCCUAUAGCCUGGGUUUAUCCGUAUCGGUGAGAUUUGCUUCUGGAGUGAUGUUUCCGGACCUGGACCUGAUCUGAUAAAACAUCUGACCAAUCAGGUCAUUGUUUCCAUGUGAUGUUGUCUGAGUGUGUGCUGUUUUUCCCCGGGCAUCUUUGUACAUUUUUGUUGCAUCAUGAAGUCACAGAAUACGGAUUCACAGAAAAUAAAAAUAUAACACAAA